CGUCUUUAUAUACAGCUGGACACCGUCAUGUUAGGCUAGGUUCAUCUGAUCACUCCGGCAUCUGGUGACUGACGCCUUUAUAAAACGGUCGCUUGAUCUACCGUUCGGCAAUGUCUUCGGUCGCCCGUCUACCGCUUCUACCAUCUCUACCGCUACUUCUACUACUUUUUCUACUACUGACUCUACUGCCUGAUUCGGUCAACUCUUCUCGAUAUGCGCACGGAACCCACCGCUCCGGGCGUCAUCUUUCCGGCCCGUCUCCUCUUCAGGAAUAUCGAGUCGCCCGUGUUCUCCACUGCGUGGCAAGGUGCAGUGCCCUGCCGGACUGCAGAGCUCUGCAGUUCAAUUCUACGUCACCCUCUGCCAAUUGUCAACUGUUUGCCGAACGGGCGUGUCCCCUGUACCAACUACAAGUCGAUCCGACUACUGAUUACUAUGACGUUUAUCAAGAUGUCACUACGGAAGCCAUCGGAGGAGCCUGGAGCGACCAAUGUGUCCAAGACGGCCUAUGUUCUCCAGAUUGUGGGGGAUUGCCCGUAGGGGAGGUUUGUUCCUCCCAUGCGCAAUGCCAGCACACUGAUUUACCCGAUGGUUCCUACCAGUGUCUGUACGUGGAGAAAAUCUGUGCGCCCAAAGACGGGUUUUGGGAGGUUCGUCCUGGGUUCCUUCUUCCCGAAUGGAUGUCCUGGUCGGCAGAUAUUUAUUUUACCACCUACAAGAAACUCAAACCUGGAACACUGGAACUGAAGAUGAACGUCACACUAGGCAAGAAUGCCCAAUGGGAGCUGCGCCUUUGUGAGGGUUACCAUGGCAACGCUGUCAAAUUUCUCAUCAGGGAAAGCGACAAGACUGUGGAGAUUUCCCUCCCUUCCGGGGAGCCACAACACAUACCAAACGUUGGUUUUAUAAACAGCGUUGACCAGAUACCUUUGAAAAUCACCUGGAAUAAUGACACCGUCUCCUUUGGGCGCACGUACGAAACUCCGCUGCUCAGCUUGCCCUUCGACCCUAGUAGCUACACCUUCGAAUACGUAACCGUUCGCAGCUCCAAAAACGUGUCCUUGAUGACGAUCCACUCCAACGUAGCUGAUCCGUGGCUGUUCGAAGAAUCCGGCAUCACUUCGGACCCAGUCUGGGAACUGAGCGGUCCGUGGAGUCCCAGCGAAUCCAGCCCUCUCGUCACUCGCUGGGUAGAGUCUCCCGCAACAGAAAUCGACGUCACUUUUGAUUGCAUGGCCGACGCCA